UCACGUGGUCAAUUAACAUAAUACCCCAAGCGAACGCCAUUUUGAAAUCAGGGAGCUCGAGCACGCUAACUUCUUUGGAUAAAAAGACAAAGACAAAAGAAAUAAUCCUUGAAUCGACUACUUCUUUAUACAAAGACUUUAAAAUGCAGAAUACUACACCUAACAAAACUAACAAUCAGCCUAAUAAUAAAGAAGGGAGUGCUUCUAAAGAUCAGAUAAAAGAUAACAUAAAAAAAGAAGCACCUUCGCCACAUCAUGGUGGCCAAAAUCACAAUCAAAGAGGUCAUGGAGGAAGAGGACGCGGCGGCAGAGGUGGUCGAGGAGGCAGGGGUGGCGGAGGACAAAUGGGUGGUCAAAACAGAGGACAAGGCGGAAAGGGUGGUGGUCAGCAUCAGGGUCAACAGCAAUUUGGGGGUCAUGGAGGUGGUGGUGGUGGUGGUGGCCAUGGUGGUCAUAGCAGUAACUAUGACCAAGUCUUCCUUCCAGUCAAUGAAGGCCCCAAAGAACAGAAAAAGUUUACUGGUAGAUGCAGACUAUUUGUUGGUAACAUAACUCCAGAUACAACAGAAGAAGAGUUCAAAGAACUGUUCAAACCCUACGGUGAAAUCAAUGAAUGUUUUGUAAAUGGAGCUAAAGGAUUUGGCUUUAUAAGAUUGGAUUUCAGACACAAUGCUGAGGCAGCUAAAUCAGCCUUGGAUGGGCAAGAAAGAAAAGGUCGUCAUCUCAGAGUACGCUUCGCUAAUCAUGGAGCUGCAAUUAAAGUGAAAAAUCUCUCCAUAUCAGUUACUAAUGAACUUUUAGAACAAUCGUUUGCCCAGUUUGGUGAAAUAGAAAGGGCUAUAGUAAUUGCUGAUGAGAGAGGUAGAUCUAUAGGAGAAGGUCUGGUAGAGUUUGCUCGUAAACCUGGAGCACAGGCUGCAUUGAAGAGAUGUACAGAUGGUGUUCUCUUAUUGACAGCGUACCCAAGACCUAUCAUGGUAGAACCUGUAGACGUAAGGGAUGAAGAAGAUGGUGUUUCAGAGAGGUACCUGCCAAGACACGAUUCUAUGAGAAUGGAUCGGGAGAAAGAACCAAGAUUUGCUCCAAUUGGAUCAUUUGAGUACAGAUUCGCCAUGAAAUACAGAGAGGUCGAUGAGAUGGAGAAACAACAGAUGGAACGGGUAAAGAAAGAAAUGGAUGAGAUGAGAGUCAAACUGGAAUCUGAAAUGGAGGGAGCUAUGUAUGAGUACCAAGCUGAACAAAUCAGAGCAGACUUAAUGAGACAACAGGAAGAAUUGAGGAGAAUAGAAGAAAUGAGAAAUGAACAGAUGAGGAGACGACAAGAAUUUGAUUCAAGUGUUUCUCUAAGAAGAGAUGAAGAAAACAGAAUGAUACGCGAGGAAGAAGAGCGACGACGUGAGAUGUUGAUGAGAGGUGAUAUGGGUAUGAGAGGCCCAGGAGGACCCAGGAAUCAAAUGGAACAGAGAGAUGGAAGAGGCAGAGGUGCUGGUGGUCCCCCACCAAUCCCUCCCCCUCCAGUACCACCCAUGGGAAUGGGAGGAAUGAACCAAGAAGAAAAUAUUCCUGGUGGUGAAGCUGGUGGCAUGGGUGCUCGUUACGGGGCAGGACAAGGUGACAUGGAAGAGGCAGGACAUGUGGUUGUAGAUGAAGGAUCAGAGAGAGCACAAAUGCAGUCAAGAUUUCAAGGAGGCAGAGGAGGUUUUGGUGGAAAUGGAGGUGGUUUUGACCGAGGCAUGGGAAUGGGUGGUGGAAUGCAGGGUCAAGGGGGAAUGGGAGGUGGUUACGGGGGUAGACCUGGUAUGGGAAGGGGUGGGAUGGGUGGUAUGGACAGAAGGAGAGAAGGCGCCACACAAGAAGACUUUGGAGAGAUGAAAAGAAUGCGUAGAUACUAAGUUUUUCAAGUGCUCUUUAAAAAACAAUAACAUUAGGAAAUUCAUAUCUGACCAUUUUGAAGAUAAUGCUACACAAAACCGUUGACGUAUUUUUGUAUUUUUUAAUUAAUCACGAGAGACUUGCCUUGCAGUAGGCAAUUCUCAUAAAACAUUAAAUGAACAUUUUCAUCCAAAUGAGAUGAUGACAUCAUAACCAAUUCAUUGGAGGCAUUCAAGAUGAAAUUUCUUUUAUCAUUUGUACAUAUACAUCAUUUUAUCUGAUAACUUUCUGGCUAACAAUAUUUGACGCUGGAAUCUUUUGUAAUAUGUGAGUGUUGUCUUCUACAUCGUAACUUUGGAACAUGGUAAAUCAUUUCAAGCAUUUGGCAUUAAAUAUGCUGUUUGUAAUUUGUGUGUUUGUGAAUAUUUAAAUCAAGUAUCAAUAUCAAAUAGUUGCGAGUUUAACAAAGUUUCAAGAAGAAAGAAAUAUUAAAACUACAGAUAUUGAUAUAAGCGCAAUAGUACCUAUUUGAAAUAUAUUUGCUUGUUGAAAGUUCCUUGCAUAGUAUUUAGUGAGGAGGACUCUUCAUUUAUUCAUUAUGAUAAUCAAAUCCUUGAAAAACAAACAGUCCUUGAGAGAGAGAGAGAGAUUGUGUGAGAAAGAGAGUGAUUGAAACGAGUUUUUUUUUAUGUGUAUUGUAUUUUAUUUUUGUUGACCAUACCUGUAAAUUUUAUUCAUGUCAUGUAAAAAAAUGUCAUUAAACCAACAAAAAAAUAAUUAAAAAC